AUGGCUGUUGCUGUUUGUAAGAACUGUAAGGGUACGUCCUUCAUUAGGGACACAAGCAACGCGAAUCAAGAUCUUGUGUGUGAGUCGUGUGGUUAUGUUUGCGAAGAUAAUCCUAUUGUUUCUGAGGUCACGUUUGGUGAAACCAGCUCCGGAGCAGCUACAGUUCAAGGGUCCUUUAUUGCUGCUGGGCAAGCACAUUCAGGAUCAACCGCAUUGGAAUCCCGCGAAGCUACACUAAACAAUGCAAGAAGAAAGUUGCGUGCCGUUUCUCACGCGUUGCAUAUCCCUGAAUAUAUCACAGAUGCAGCAUUUCAAUGGUACAAGCUGGCUCUGGCGCACAAUUUUGUUCAGGGACGGAGAUCGCAGAAUGUAAUUGCGUCGUGCUUGUACAUUGCGUGUCGUAAAGAAAAGACGACACACAUGUUAAUAGAUUUCUCAUCUAGAUUGCAAGUCAGCGUUUAUUCUAUUGGUGCCACGUUUUUAAAAAUGGUCAAGAGAUUGCAUAUCACAAAUUUACCACUAGCCGAUCCAUCGUUAUUCAUUCAGCAUUUUGCGGAGAAACUAGAUCUAGGUGAUAAAAAAGUCAAGGUAGCCAGGGAUGCUGUGAAGCUUGCCCAACGAAUGUCUCACGAUUGGAUGUAUGAAGGUCGUAGACCCGCUGGUAUUGCUGGUGCUUGCAUUCUGUUAGCAUGUAGGAUGAACAAUUUAAGAAGAACACAUUCAGAGAUUGUCGCAGUAUCUCACGUGGCGGAAGAAACGAUACAGCACCGUCUUAAUGAGUUCAAGAAUACAAAUGCCGCAAAACUCUCCAUUAAUGAAUUCAGAUCCGUUGAGUCUUCGGGAGAAUCUGCAGCACCACCUUCUUUUGUGAAAAAUAGAAUCAACGAAAGGAAAUUGAAAAGCAAGCUAGAAUCCGCAGAGAAGAAUGAAACAAGCGAAGAAGCGCUAAAAAAGAAUCCAAUUUUGAACCAGCUUUUAGGCGAUCAAGAACUGUCAUCAAAGGAGGUGCUUUUCUAUCUGAAAAAAUUCUCAGAAAGACGAGAGCACUCUCUCAAAACAAUUAAAUCUACGCAUGGUAUCGAUGACCAUCAUGUUCACAGAACUGAAUCUUCAAAUAAAAGAUCACUCGAAGGGGAUUCUGAACACGGGGAAAAUACGCGGGGCGAUACACAGACAGAAACACCUCCCACGAAGGUACUCAAACUAGUUAACGGAGUUGCUGAGUGGUCCAAUAACAAUGACGUGAAGGAUAAAAUUGAUGGAUAUUCUUUGGAAACUGAUCCUUACAGGCCUCGCAUGUUGCAUUUACUGCCCACUACAUCAUCAUUACUCGCGAAAGUCUCUGACGAUCCGGAGAAUUUGGAAGAUGCAGACGAUGGUGAACUGGAUACAUUCCUUCUAGACGAAGAAGCCUCAAAACUAAAGGAAAGAAUAUGGAUAGGCAUCAACGGGGAUUUUUUACUAGAGCAGGAAACCAAAAGGUUGAAAUCAGAAGCCGAUAUUGCAGCUGGCAAUACUUCUGGGAAAAAAAAACGAGGUACUAGACGUAGGAAAGAUAAGUCACAAAUGGACGCACUGGAUGCAGCAAACGUUAUGAACCAGCUAGGGGAUGAAUCUGGUCUCAAAGCUGCAUUGAAAUCUGCAGAGGAGAGCGGUGACUUUUCAACUGCGGAUAGCGUUAAGAAUAUGCUACAAAAGGCCAGCUUUUCUAAAAAAAUUAAUUAUGAGGCCAUAGAUGGUCUGUUCAAUCAAUAA